CCAACAACUACAUACACACAGACCCAAAAUCUUACAUCUAUUUCCACUAUUCGACUCAUAUUUGAUUGAAAGAUAGAGAGAAUAUUUAGCAGCAGCAUGGUUCUGCAUAAUUCUGCAGAAGGUGAAGAAAGGAGCAUUCGGAUGCAGAUUUCUGACCUUAAGAGGCUCAGUGAGACCGGCAGUGUUGGCAACACAAUGUUUCAGCCACAAACAAGUAUCGAGAAUAUAGAGAGCAACACUUCCGCUUCCGUUGGUCCAUUAAGAAAGCCAACAGUUCGUGCACCCGAAAAGAAGUUGACCCUUUUCGCUCUACGCCUAGCAGUGCUCGAAAAAGCAGCAACCGGCCUUGGAACACUCGGUUUCAUAUGGGCAACGGUUGUUCUUCUUGGUGGUUUUGCCAUUACUUUGGACAAAACUGACUUUUGGUUCAUUACCAUCAUUUUGUUGAUCGAAGGGACUCGGAUUUUCAGCAGGAGCCAUGAGCUUGAGUGGCAGCAUCAAGCCACAUGGUCCAUCACUGAUGCCGGGAUCAACAGCUUUCGGGCAUUGAGAAUGAGCUCGAGCUUCAUACUUGAGAGCAUCAAGGCUUUUUUCAAGCCUGUUCUCACAGUCACGAAGAGCCAACGCAGCAGACAGAUUGUAGGGACUAAUGAUGCAAGAACCUUGAGAGCUUUCAAUGUUCAAGGAAAGACUACUCGGACUUGGACAAGCUCAGAAGUCCCUCUCCUUCCAUAUGCUCAAUGGGUUUUUCGAGCAAGACACAUCAGCAAAUUGCUCUAUUGGCUUCAGCUUUUAUCAGCUUCAGCUUGCAUUGCUCUCUCACUGAUGAAGCUCAUCAAGCACAACUAUGGCGAUGUGGAGAAAGGAGAUACUGACAAGAGAAACAGACAGGCUGCUCUGAGUGUCUUCUAUUCCCUGGCCUUGGCAGAAGCUUUGCUGUUUCUGACGGAGAAAACUUACUGUGAGUACAAGGUGAGCUACUGUAAACUUUUGGAAGAGGUGAACAAUGAGUGUGAGUUAGGCCCUUCAGGUUUACUUUCAAUUAGAAGGUUCUUCUAUGAUGCCUACUCAAGAUGUGUCAAUGGAAGCAUUUUUGAUGGCUUAAAGAUGGACAUGGUAUCUUUUGGCAUGGACCUAUUGGGUUCAAAUUCCACCGAUGAGCAGCUCAUUGGGGCUAAAAUUCUUCGCCAAUUCUCUAUGAGCCCUCGGUAUUCAGAUGACACCUUACAGAAGAUAGGGAUAAAUAUAUCAGUUAUAGAGAGAUUGGUUGAGAUACUGAAUUGGAGUGAUCCAGAUGAAGAAGUGAUUAGACAAUCGGCUGCAGAAAUACUGUCAAAACUUGCUGGCAAAAAGCAGAACUCCAUCCGCGUUGCUGGAAUUCCUGGUGCAAUGGAAUCAAUCUCAUCUCUGCUUCAAUCCAGCAGAAGCUCAAGUGGUGCAUGUGAUGAGAUAAGUGAAAAGAAGACUCAUUCUGAUAAUGCUAACUAUGGUUUGUGGACAUUCAACCAUUUAGGCCUGCUUAUAUUGAAGAAACUUGCGCGCGAUCAUGAUAACUCUGGCAAGAUUGGGAACACAAGAGGGUUACUGCCAAAGAUCAUAGACUUCACACAUGCUGAGGAGGUGUUGCUCAAGGCAGAAAAUGUUACACCAGCUCAGCUACUGACGCUGAAGCGAUCCUUGCAAUUGGUGAAGAGGCUUGUGAGCACAACAGGCAACACAGGAAAGAAUCUCCGCAAAGAGAUUUCGGAGAUAGUUUUCACAAUCAGCAAUAUCAGAGAUAUCUUGAGGCAUGGUGAGAAGCAUCCAAACCUGCAACUAUUGGGCAUUGAAAUCUUAUCUAGUCUAGCACUGGAAGAGGAAGCAACAGAGAGGAUAGGAGGAACAGGCGGAGUGCUUAAGGAGUUGUUCAACAUUUUCCUUAAAAAGGACAGGGAAAGCGAGGAAAUCGCAGUCACUCAUAGAGAUUCUAGAGAGUUAACAACUAGAGCUGGGGAAGCUCUAGCAAUGCUGGUCCUGGAAAGCAAGAACAACUGUCAUCGUGUCUUGAAGUUGUGUAUACUGGAUAGCCUUGUUGUAGCUCUUGAUUCUCCAUUGAUUCGCAUCAAUGCUGCUAGAGUCUUGAGGAACUUGUGCACAUACAGUGGCACAAACUGUUUCAACCAGCUCAAGGGAAUCGCAAAUGCAGCACCAACAGUGCUCAAAGAAAUCAUGUCAGAGGAGCACAAACUAAAGGAAGUAAUGGUUGGACUAGCUCCACAUGUUUUAUCAUUCUUGUCUCCUGAAGAAUCAAGCCUCAUGUUUGAGAAAGCUGGAGUUACAGAGGCAGAAGUAGUUAAUGAAUUAGUUGAGAUUCUGAGGAAGUAUAGACAUCCACGCAUUAAGGUUCCAAGAAUAAGGAGGUUUUCCAUAGAGCUGGCAAUUUGGAUGAUGAAAGACAAACAUUCAAAUAUUCAUAUAUUCAAGGAACUGGGGAUCGAAAAGGAGCUUGAACAUGUUUUGGAGACCACAGCCGAGCUGGAAAGCUUCAACAUUUUCUCUGGUACUGUGGGAAUGAGCAGGCACAAUACUACAAUUCAUUCAUUAGUAGAAACUGCUUUGGAGCUGUUAACAACUUAACGGAUGAAUGAUGUGAUAGCCAGAGCUUCAUGGAUUUAUCAUUUAUGGAGAUGAAGUGAUCCUUUAUAUAUGGUACAGGCCAAGUUAAACAUAUUCUAUUUCUUUUUUAAGUUAUAGAUUCUUUAUUCGUUGUGAAGAAAGAUUCUGCUUCACUGUAAGUUGACCCAGUGUACAAAGGAAUUUGAUUGAAUUUUUAGCAAUAUGAGCUAUGU